AGAAGAAAAAUGGCAUCUCUAAUCACAAAGGAGAUCAGAGAGAGUGCGACGGAGUUCUACGAAGGGGACGAAAAGUGCCAAGAGAAAGCGAAGUUUCUGCUGACCGAAAUGAAGUUUCCCAACGGGCUGCUGCCCAUAAAGGACAUGGAGGAGUGCGGGUACGUGAAGGAGACCGGGUUCGUGUGGCUCAAGUCCAAGAAGCCGACCGAACACAAGUUCGAGCAGAUCGGGCGGUCGGUCCAGUACGCGACCGAGGUCACGGCGGUCAUCGAACCGGGCAGGAUCAAGAAGCUGACCGGGGUCAAGGCGAUGGAGCUCAUGUUAUGGCUGACAGUGAAUGAGAUCUCCCUCGACGAUCCCCCCACUGGGAAUAUCCACUUCAGGAGCACCACCGGCUUGUCCCGCACUUUUCCUACCUCCGCCUUUGAGCUGGUGGAGGAGAAUCUCCAGAACAAGGAGGAGGCAGAAGUGUAACUUCAUCUGAUCAUGUUAUAAUUACUACUACAAUUAAUACUUUAUUUUUCUUAUAAGUUGGAAUAAUAUACAUACAUUGAU